GAGAGAGCAGUCCGGGAGCAGAGGCCUUUUUUUUUUUCUCCAGACCGUCCCGGGCAUGCUACUUAAGCCCAAGUAUGGCCGCUUUCGCAACGACUCUGUGACCUCCUCCGAUGACCUGAUGCAUAGCCUAGCCAUGAGCGGCAAAGUGGUAGCUACGCCGGUCCCUUCUGCGCCCCCGUCAGCCCGGCCGCCCCCACCCCCAGGCGGGCGGGGGUGCCCCCUCCUCUGCCCCCACGGGGGUGACCUGGGGGGGGUUGCCACCCCCCCCUGCCCCCCGGCUGAGCCCCCCUGCCCGGAGAGCGAACAGGACGUCGCCACCACCUUCUGCAUGCUCAUCCCCAGGAUUCCUCAGUGGAAAUUUUCCAACGCCUCCUCGUUCCUCAGCAGGAGCCCCUCGAGCAGCUCCAGCAGCAGCAGCAAGGACCUAGGGGGGAAAAUGGGGGGGCCGGGGGCCAACGACGCAGCGACUGGCCCUGUGGCUAGCCUGGCAGCCGUGCUGAACUCUUGUGAUCCGAUCUGUGUCACCCCUUGUUCUUUGCAGGCGAUGCACAGGCUGAGGGGCGGUGGAGCUGGGGCUGGGGGUCCCAGCGGCAGUGCUGGGAGUCCAGGGGCCCAAGCCUUGGAUUUGGGUAUCUCAGGGGUGUCAGGAGCCUCAGUAGCCACGGGAGUCCCUGGAUCCAGCAGGAGGGGCCGGGCGGCGGGGAUGAGGCUGGCCAGCGAAGGGGUCACUCAGAAGGGCAGCUUCAUUAACAAGCCAACUCAGGGCUGGCUGCACCCAGAUAAGAAGAUUAUGGGACCAGGGGCUGCCUACAUUGUCAGGUACAUGGGUUGCAUCGAGGUGGUGAAAUCCAUGAGAUCCCUGGACUUCAACACUCGGACCCAGGUGACAAGGGAGGCGAUUAACAGAUUAUAUGAAGCAGUGCCUGGCGUGAAAGGAGUGUGGAAGAAGAAGGCCGGUAACAAAGCCCUCCUGCAGAUCAUGGGGAAGAGUAACCUGCGCUUUGCCGGGAUGACCAUCGCGGUGAACAUUUCCAUCGACGGGCUGAACCUGACGAUGCCAACGACGCGGCAGGUCAUCGCCAAUCAUCCCAUGCAGUCCAUCUCGUUUGCGUCGGGGGGAGACACGGACACUCCAGACUACGUGGCUUACGUGGCUAAGGACCCCGUCAACCAAAGAGCUUGCCACAUACUGGAGUGCUGUGAUGGUUUGGCUCAGAGUAUCAUCAGUACGAUAGGACAGGCCUUUGAGCUGCAGUUCAAACAGUACCUCCAUAGCCCUCCCAAAGCCAUCUCAGCACCGGACCGAAUUAUAGGGGUGGAGGAGUCGGCGUGGGGAGACGACGAAGACUCUUCCGAGCACGAUUACUACAACAGCAUCCCAGGAAAGGAGCCUCCUCUGGGGGGGCUGGUGGACUCCAGGCUCAGGCAUGGCACGGCCCUGCUAGGCCACGUUCACGCCCAGCCGUGCCGCGGCAACAGAACCCCGCAGUUCAGCUCGCCUGUCAGAAGAGGAGGGGGGCAGAACUCCGGACCCCCCUGCUACGAGACACACUGGGAGACAGACAGUCAGAGCAGCUCCGUUCAGCUGCUUCCAGUUUCCUGCCCGGGCCUGACCAGCGACGGUUACCUGUGUGCAGACGGGCACCCUCCUGGUUGCCGUGACUAUGAGGAGCACCUGUAUGUGAACACGCAGUGUCUGGAGAACUGGGAGCCGGGGAGUGAGGGGGCGCAGGAGAGCCCCAAGAAAGACCUCUUUGACAUGAGACCCUUCGAGGACGCGCUGAAGCUGCACGAAGCUGUGGGGGACAGCCCCUCUCUGCAGGAUGCGUGGCCCAGCCCGCCACGCCGGCGCGCUCCCGUCGCUCCCACGGAGGAGCAGCUGCGCCACGAGCCCUGGUACCACGGCCGCAUGAGCCGACGUGACGCCGAGAAGCUGCUGGCCAUGGACGGGGACUUCCUGGUGCGGGACAGCGUGACGAACCCGGGGCAGUACGUGCUGACCGGCAUGCACAGCGGGCUCCCCAAACACCUGCUGCUGGUGGACCCCGAGGGCGUGGUGCGUACGAAGGACCUCCUGUUCGAUAGCAUCAGUCACCUGAUCAGCUACCACCUGCAGGACGGGCUGCCCAUCGUGGCUGCGGAGAGCGAGCUGCACCUGAAGCAGGUGGUCCAGAGGAAGCAGUGACGGCCGCUAUAAGGCUGCAGGACUGUUUACCAGAUUGGAUUUGGAUCAGAGAGAGAGAGACGCUCCACACAGGCUGGACUGAAACUCUGUUUCCUAUAACCAAGGGGAUUUUCCAGCUAAGGACUAAACAUCCACCUCAUGGUGGAGACCGCAAAAAAAAACAACAAAAAAAAAAACUGUUAAGGCAUCCAUCGCUUUUUCCAGCAUGCUGGUAGCACACCAUCCUCAAACCACGUCCUGUCUGUAUUACCGAAGGAAUAAAAGAUAACGAACAAGACGCUGGGGGAACGGAAGCACCUUCUACGAGAGCACAAGCAGACGAGAGGUUGACACGGCCGUUAACACAAGCACUACUGUACAAAACCACAGAGAUUCUCUCCCUUUGCAAGCUGGGGGGGGGGGGGCAGCACUGAAGUGAUUUUAGGAGCUCCAGAUUCUGAGUACAUUAAAACACACACAAAGCUCCAUCAAUAUACAUGCUACCGUCUCUCUUUACACAAGCUCGGGUUUGUAAAUAAAACACACAUUCCAAUAGCAUUCUGCAGUGCUAACAAAAACAUUUGAGUUUGUACAGUGAGACCUGUACCAGUUUAGCCAGUGCUACUGUAGUGUUUCUACUGGACUGUACCACGCUGCUGUAGGAAUCACCCUGAGAUGCAUUAUUAUAAUGCGGGCCUCUGCCUCCUCUCUGCAGAGUCGCUAUACAGAGGUGUCUGUUUUGCGGAUUGCUGAUUCCCUUGUAAAGUUUUGAAGAUGUUCUUGUAAAUGCUGUUCUUUUCAUUCAGGACUUUUGAAAUAAAACAAGGAGUUGAAAGGAAGUUUGAUGGGAAGGUGUGUGCGGUUCCCUGCGAUUGCAGCGUGAAACCUUUUUUUUUUAUUGCUUUUUUGUUUGGUGUGCGUAUAAUAAUAAGAUCUGCUUGAACCGUUUUC